GGGAAGCAAUGGAUCAUUGGAUUGAAAGUAGACUUCGGCACUGUGCAGUAUUCGACAAUCAAUCGAGAGAACAGGGCAGUAUGAAUGAAUGAACUGGGAAUGAGUAGAGAUGUAGAGUAAUGGAAUUACAGUGAAAACAGUAAUGAAGGAGAAGGAUCUGAAAGAUGAAUAGCAUCAACGACGACAAUUCCAGACAAGAUCUCGACCCUCAAAGUGACCACAGUUCUGACUAUUUAGCUCACUCUCUUCCUCUCCAGACUCAGACUCAGCCUCAGCCUCGCCGCCCUCGUGGCUUUGCCGCCACGGCGGCGGCUACCACUGCCCCUAAUUCCGCUGGAAAGGGAAAGAAAGAGAGAGAAAAAGAGAAGGAGCGCACCAAGCUCCGAGAGCGUCACCGUCGAGCAAUCACUAGCCGUAUGCUCGCCGGCCUCCGUCAGUAUGGUAAUUUCCCUCUCCCGGCUCGUGCUGACAUGAAUGAUGUGCUUGCUGCGCUUGCCCGCGAGGCUGGUUGGGUUGUUGAGGCAGAUGGCACCACCUACCGUCAGUGCCAGCCUUCUUCGCAAAUGGCAUCAUUUGCUGCAAGGUCAGUUGAAACCCCACUCUCUGCAGGGUCUUUAAGAGCUUGCACUGCUCGAGAAACACUAGAGAAUCAACCCCCAACACUUAGAAUUGAUGAAAGCUUGUCACCUGCAUCCAUUGAUUCUGUUGUAAUUGCAGAGAGGGAUUCAAAGAAUGAGAAAUAUCCAAGUGCAAGCCCUAUCAAUCCGGUUGACUGCUUGGAGGCUGAUCAGCUUAUGCAGGAUAUUCAUUCUGGGGUGCAUGAGAAUGAUUUCAUGGGCACACCUUAUGUUCCUGUUUAUGUGAAACUUCCAGCUGGUAUUAUUAACAAAUUUUGCCAGUUGAUUGAUCCUGAAGGAAUUAGACGGGAGCUAAUUCACAUAAAGUCUUUAAAUUUUGAUGGUGUCAUUGUGGACUGUUGGUGGGGCAUUGUUGAAGGCUGGAGCCCACAGAAAUAUGUGUGGUCUGGCUAUAGGGAACUUUUUGACAUUGUUAGAGAAAUCAAGUUGAAGUUGCAGGUUGUUAUGGCUUUUCAUGAGUAUGGAGGGAAUGAUUCCAGUGAUCCAUUGAUUGCCCUCCCACAAUGGAUUUUGGACAUUGGAAAAGACAACCGGGAUAUUUUUUUCACAGAUCGUGAAGGACGGAGGAAUACUGAAUGUCUUUCUUGGGGCAUUGACAAAGAGAGAGUUCUGAAAGGAAGAACUGGAAUUGAGGUCUAUUUUGAUUUCAUGAGAAGCUUUCGGACGGAGUUUAAUGACUUGUUUGUGGAAGGCCUCAUUUCUGCUGUAGAAAUUGGACUUGGGGCAUCUGGGGAGCUGAAAUAUCCUUCGUUUUCAGUAAAGAUGGGAUGGAGGUAUCCUGGUAUUGGUGAGUUUCAGUGUUAUGAUAAAUAUCUGCUACAAAGUCUACGCAGAGCAGCCAAAUUACGUGGCCACUCUUUUUGGGCGAGAGGACCUGAUAAUGCUGGACAAUACAACUCUAUGCCACAUGAAACUGGAUUCUUUUGUGAACGGGGUGAUUAUGACAAUUAUUAUGGGCGCUUCUUCUUGCAUUGGUAUGCCCAGUCAUUAAUAGAUCAUGCAGAUAAUGUUUUGUCCCUUGCGAGCCUCGCUUUUGAGGAAACAAGACUAAUUGUCAAGGUUCCUACUGUAUACUGGUGGUACAAGACUGCUAGUCAUGCAGCAGAGUUGACAGCAGGAUAUCACAACCCUACGAACCAGGAUGGAUACUCUCCUGUUUUUGAGGUUCUGAAAAAACAUGGUGUGACGAUGAAGUUUGUCUGCUUAGGAUUUCAGCUUUCUAGUCAGGAAGCUGACGAGUCGUUGGCUGACCCAGAAGGCUUAACUUGGCAGGUAUUGAGCUCAUCCUGGGAUCGGGGGUUGAUAGUAGCUGGAGAGAAUGCACUACCAUGUUAUGAGAGAGAAGGGUUCAAAAGACUAGUUGAUAUAGCGAAGCCAAGAAAUGAUCCUGAUCGCCACCACUUUUCAUUUUUUGCAUACCAGCAACCUUCCAUGGUUCAGGGGAAUAUUUGCUUACAGGAGUUGGAUCACUUCAUCAAAUGCAUGCAUGGUGACAUUACGGGGGACCUGUAAUGGCUCAAGUUUUAAUUUAUAAUUGUAGGCAAUUUUGGGGGGCAUACUUGCCCUCGUAUAACGGGUGUAACUGACCCUCUCAUGGCAGCCAGGAAUAUGGUUGUCUGUAAUAUAUUCUUGUAAUGUCUAUAGGCUUCAAGAUACAUAUAGGGCUUGCUACUUGCCUACUUCCCAUGCCUCGCUAUUCCAUUAUAUGAUUAGAGUUUUGUAUGUUUGGUAAAGAUAGAAGUAGUGAUUAAAUGAAGAGAAAAAGUAGUGGUGCGAAAGGACUCGUUCUAACUUCCGAAGUUUGAGCCCCAAAACAGAUCUUGUAUUAAUUUACUAAUUUAUUGAUAUUGAUAUUGAUGAUUUUGGCAUGC